ACAACUGCAUGGAAAAUAGAGAUGAGAGAGAGAGAGAGAGAGAGAGAGAGAGAGAGAGAGAGAGAGAGAGAGAGAGAGAGAGAGAGAGAGAGAGAGUGAGAGAGAGAGAGAGAAAGAGCAAGAGAGAGAGAGAGAGAGAGGGAGAGAGAGAGAAAGAGAGAGAAAGAAAGAGAGAGAGAGAAUGCAACGCACGCCUGUGUGGAGUUCCUCACCAUUCUUCCAGAGCUGCAUUCGCGAGCCGCGGCGCUUCCAUGGCGGGCGCUUCAGCUGCGCUGAAUGGUCCGCAUUCGCACGCUAAAAUCCGCACCCUGCUUCACCCGUCUAACCACACUCAAUCCCGUCUGCCCCAGCAUCUCUCCAUCCCAAAUAUCGCCACCGCCGCCUCCACCGCCGCCGCCGCCGCCCCCUCCGGCACUCACAUUGGGAACAGCGGGAGCAUCGCAUGCUCUCUCCGCCUCUCGUCGCAGCGUGCGCGCGAUCGCUGGGCGACGUCGUCACCGCCGAUUUCACCCCGUUCCGAGUCCCCUGCCGCGCUGCCGUCUUUCGCGAACGCGCUACAAAGCGGCAGACUCGGCCUUUCUCCGCGUGACGACCGUCAACCGACUCCUCGCGUCGCCGCGAGUAGGCAGCGCCGGCAGCAACCCGGAAUCAGCGUCGCUUCCCGUGAGGGGUCUUCUAGAAUUCUAAAAAAUAGCAGCAGCUUGAGAGACGCCGUUCCCGCCGUUUCCGCCGUUCCCGCUGCGACUCGCAGCAUGCAAUGGCGGAGUCCCAGUCACGCAGGGGGGAGGCGGAGCGCAGAUGGCGGCACGGGGAAGGCCGUUAGGGGGGAGGAGGCGUGGGAGACGGCGGAAGGGAAUGCGAGCUUCGUAGGAACGGCCCUGUCGCAAGUCGUGAAGCUCUUUCUCCUCUCUCAGCUAGAGUCGUGUGAGGACCUGAGUGUGACUGUAGCAGGGUCUAACCGGGAGCUCCUGUCAGGGCGGAUCGCUGCAGUCACGCUGACUGCAGCAGGGGCGGUGUACAAGGGCGUGAGGCUGACAGCAGUGCACGUGGCAGCAGCAGACAUUGCAGUGGACGCCAGGAGCCAGGCGGAGAGGGGCAGCUUCUUGUGCCACCAGUUUCCGGUCCAUGUGAAAGCCCAUGUGUCAGAAGGUGACUUCAAUGCAAGCCUUCGCAAUCCCUCGCUCCACAAACCAUUAGUCGACCUGCUCUCUCUUAACGCACCACUGGAGCCAUCAUUACUCCGGGUUAGGCUCACUGACGGCUCCUUGCACCUCAGCUCAGACCCCCCGAAUGCUGACUUGCUCCGUCUGACUCCGAAGCUCUGCCGUAGCGGAAGAUGCCUUACUUUUGAUAGGAAAAAUGGUACCAUGCCGGGACCAGGAACAAGAGAUUCAGCACCAGAGGUGGACCUGGGGCCAGGAACUAGGAUCUCGCUGCUGGAAGUUGAUCAGGGGUGCAUCUGGCUUCAUGGGACCUUCACUGUUAUCCCGUAGGUGCCAGAGAAAUUUUGUAUUGUCGUGUGACGUUCGAUACCGAUCGUAUUUUAGAUCGGUACAGAAUGUGUGUAAAGUUGCUGGUA